AGGGUUUCCCCUUCCGAAUCCCUCGCCUAUGGAGUCACCAAAACGCCUUUCCUAUGGAUGAGUCUCUCGGAAGAUGGGGACGUGGUUACAUUUCUCGAUCCUGAUGGAAAACCCGGGGUGGAACGCAGGAUUCAGAGCGAAUUGGUUGCUAUGGAGGUUAGUUUAAUGGGGAAAACACACUUUGUUGUGGAGGAAAAGCAGUUUAGGGGUUCUAUCAGUGAUGAUUGCGGAGAUGAGGUGGUGGAGAGUGGAUCGCCGCCGGAGAAACUGAUGGCGGAGAUUUACCGGCAUUUCGCGAAUCCGCGGAGUCCUGGCGGGGACCGGUCCCGGAGACAGCGCCGCAGGGAGAAGGAGAGGCUCGCUAGGCGGAAGUGGGAGUCUCAAUAAUUUUGUCAAGAUUAUGAAUUGCUCGUGGCAAGCUCUGGUACUGCAUCUGUGACUCCGAUUUCAAGCACAAGAGAUCUCUUAAAGACCAUAUUAAAGCUUUUGGAAGUGGCCAUGCAGCUUAUGGCAUCGAUGGUUUCGAAGAAGAAGAUGAGCCAGCUUCUGAAGUAGAGCAAGAUAAUGAUGA